AUGCUUACUCUUCCGCUGCUCGUGGCCAGUCUAGGCUUCUCUCACUCCGUCGUUGGGUCUCGCCACAAAAAACAGGAUGCUCAACAGGUACAGGCAUCGAAGGAACCUCGUAAGUGACGGGUGACACUAUCAGUCCAGCAGCGCAUUCGCUGCGGCCGGAAUUCUUCGACCGCUCACGCACAUAGUAUACACUUCAUAGGCAUCGACGCCGACAAGAUGUACCUCAUCAGGGUGAACCCUCAGAGUAAGUCUCUAGACACCGCAUCGAGUCCGCGCGGAGCCCACCGCUGUCCAAGCCAGAAGCCAAGUUCCAUCUCGGGAUCUUCCUCACGCUUACCAUUUCAAUGAGGAACUUACAGUCAUGGAGCUCCAGUCGGCUUGUAUUUACUUGAGCGGCCGAUGCGAGACGCAUGUCGGACCCAACUUGAAGCCUGAUUUCAGGUAGGUGUCGCAGCUCCGCAAUUUGUAUACGUUCUCGAUAUCACUCAAGGUACUAAUGACUUACUCUGAUUUUAUAAAGCUGCUCUUCCGCUGGACAACCCGUCGUUCCCACCUCACCGUAUCUCUGGGCAUCGUGCCUUGAGGCUGCUACCAACGAGAAAGCCGGGCGCGCUCUUGAUGUCUCGUUCAACGCCUUUGCCGGUUCGAAGCACACGACCGUCUUUCUGCGCGGCGACGAGGCAAUCCGCGAGGUUGAAAUUGAUCAACAUCUCCUUAGCAUCGAGUCCGAAAAAUGGAAGCCGGCCGUGAACCAUCAUCCUCGAGGUAGAUCCCCCACCACCAAGCGGCACCAUCGUCAGACCAAUCACGAAACCACCGGACCCAAAACCCAUUCUGGCCACAAUGGUGAUCGCCCCAAGCGUCACAAACAGGAGGCGUAG